AUGUCUGCCGCCAUGGGACAAGAAAAGGGGGGAUAUGCCGAGCAGGCAAAUUUGGACGCCGCAUGUGGCGAAAUAAACAAGCGAAUGGGGAACGGUCGAUUGAGCCACCAAGAUCGGCAGCCGGGGUUACCGGACUCGGAACUGAGCGGACCGAAAAUGCCCCCGACGGAACUCGGACCGGCGAGCGAAAAAGAAAGGGCUACACCUGGGGGCACCGGGCCUUCCCCGAUCGGGGAACCGCGAGAAGUAUUCUGA